UGGUAAGUUACAUAAGAUCUUAAAGGUUUGACAGUUGAGAAGUGACACCAACUCAGAUAGAUAGAACAAAAUUAAAAUAAAAUUAUAUUAAACUAUUUUUUUAUUGUUUUAUUUUAAUUAUAUUUUCAUUUUUAUUUUUUAAAAAAUAUAUUUUAAUUUCACUACUCCCUUAAAUGGUUUAGUGUCAAUCUCUAAAAAUUGAAGGGGCAUUUGAUACAGCUUUAAGAAGCGCAAGUGUAUUUUCCUUUUUCUUUUUCAAGUCCAACCCGGGUUAACUACAGAUGAUUAACCAGUUCUGCGUUUAUGCAGCUGGAGACCGAAUCUAGUCUAGCCUGUCUGAUUUGCCUACUUCACAGUCUUUCAAGAUUUUGCCCAAAAGCCAAAAGCGAUAGGAGGGCUCAAAGGCCAAAAGUAAUUGGAGGGCUUGUUCAGUGCGAGAGAGAUGCAGAAAGCGUUGAGGGUGUAUGGGGAGGUUCUGAGGCUGGUCAGGCGGCUGCCGGAGGACACGAGACCCUACUACGCCAAAUACGCCCGGGAGAAUUUCGUCAAUUACAGAGAUGUCGAAGCUGGUGACGCCAAGUCCCUCGACGAGCUCUUCCGCCGGGCUUAUACCCACUCCUUAUGGGUCCUCACCAAGUAUUCCGUAGAUGAAGGGGCUGCGAGGAGGCUGGAGGCAAUCUGUUGUGGCUAGCUUAUGCGACUGCCUGCCAACUGUUUGUUGUUUUGCCGCAGAGGGGGUAUUUAGAGACCUCCUUUCGUGUUUUGCAAGUGUGAGCUUAAUUUUAUAGAUUUAUGUUAUGCUUUAUUACGUUCCAAUGCGCAUAUUAAUGCUUCAUAAGAAUAUUUGUCUUUGAUGGUUUGCGAACAGUUGAAAACGUGUCUGACAUAAUGCAGAUAUGAACUUGUGUAAGGGAAAAAAAUUUAUUUCGCGCUUUUACUAA